UAUUUAUUCCUCAGUUACUUCCAAACUCCAGUGAACGACACACGUUCACCAAAAUGACAGUUCUAACCGAAAACGAAACAAGAAGUAAAGUGUAUCGGAGAAAAACAAAAAAGUGUCUGCAGAAAACAUGUACCAUGGAUCUUGUGAAGAAAAGACUGCCAGUCAUAGGCUGGUUGCCAAAGUAUAAAGCUGAAUAUUUCAUCCAAGAUGUCAUAGCUGGAAUCACAGUGGGACUAACUGCCAUUCCUCAGGGUAUAGCGUAUGCAGUGAUUGCAGGAUUGUCGCCCGAAUAUGGAUUGUAUGCAUCUUUAACCUCAGGAAUAAUCUAUGUCAUAUUUGGCAGCUGCUACAAUGUCACUGUUGGACCUACUGCCAUUCUCGCCGCCAUGACAGCGAAAUACGUUGCUGAUUACUCAGCAGAUUUCGCCAUCCUCACCGCAUUUUUAUCAGGAACUUUCGUAUUUAUUUUGGGCAUCCUUAAUCUCGGCUUUCUCGUCGAGUUUAUAUCGAUGCCAGUCAUCAGUGGCUUCACAACUGCUGCUGCUCUUCAAAUUGCUGCAUCACAACUGAAGUCAUUCUUCGGACUGGCAGGUCCAUCAGGAAAUUUCUUUUCUGAAUCAGUUCAGAACUUUAUUAAUAACAUAUCUACAGCAAGACUAUGGGAAGCCGUACUCAGCACUGGGACUAUAAUAAUGUUGAUAUUGUUGAAGAAACUGGGAGAAGGUUGCAAGCGUACUGACAGCUUUGGCAAACAAAUGAGAUGGUUUAUAUCAUUGUCAAGAAAUGCUGUCGUCGUGGUCGUUGGAAUGAUAAUUGUCUACUCACUAAAAGUCACUUUAGGUACGGAACCUUUGCUCAUAAUUGGUGAUAUUGGAAGUGGACUGCCUGAAUUCCGCUGGCCACCUUUUAGUACAAUGGUUGGCAAUCAAACAUACAGUUUUACUGACAUGAUAGAAGUACUGGGAGUACAGUCGUUUGUGAUACCUUUUGUAACUAUAUUGGAAACUGUAGCCAUUGCUAAGGCGUUUGCUGAAGCUGGAAGGAUUGAUGCUACUCAAGAAAUGAUUGCCAUUGGGCUUUGUAAUAUUGUUGGAUCUUUUGGACAGAGCAUGCCCAUAACUGGUUCUUUCACCAGAACAGCACUGAAUCACGUUUCUGGUGUUAAGACACCAGCUGGUGGAAUAACUAAGGUAUUACUAUUGGUCGUUGCCCUGACAUUACUAACUUCGACCUUCUAUUACAUACCAAAAGCAUCAUUAGCCGGUCUUAUAAUAACAGCCAUGUUUUCCAUGAUUGACUACCAAAUAUUUGCCAACUUGUGGAGGAAUAGUUUAAAAGAUUUCCUGCUACUGUUGGUAACUAUGAUAGUAUGUUUAUUUGCUGGAUUGGAAUAUGGAAUCAUAACUGGAGUUCUGAUCGAAGCUUUGUUAUUAUUGUACAACGUUGCAAGACCGACGGUAGAAGUGCAUAAGAUGAAAUGUGAGAAGGGAGAACUGAUGGUCGUAUCUCUGUGUGAGAAUGUGUCAUACUGUGCAGCUGAACAUGUUCGUCAGCGUGUUAUGAAGGCAUCUUCGAUUGGAACUAGCACACCAGUAGUAGUAGACGGAGCAAAUUUAAGGAAGCUGGAUUACACAGCAGCUUACAAUCUCAUGGCCAUCAUAAAAGAUUUGGAUAAGACACAUCAAAUUCUGCUCUUGAAUUUCAAUGUCGAGUUGAAGAGGUUGUGUUUAGAUAUCGAUUCUAGAUUCGAUACUAAGUUUGUUUAUGCUGCAAGUCCUUUAGAAUUGACUGAUGUUUUUCCAAAAGAUGUGUGAUUGUUGAGAGUUGAAACGUUACCCAAUGGAUCAGGUUGUGAAAAAAGGCCAUUACAGAUUUAUAAAAAUAAUCGAAGGAGGAAAAAAAUAUAUAAAUCACUAUGAUAUACUUAUGAAUUGAUUGGUGUUUGUGUGCCAAGAGAUAGAUAUCUUUAAAGAAGUUUUAUUAAGAAGAAUAAAGAUUAGUAUCUGUAUUGUUACAUCACGAUCGUAAUACAGAUUAUAAGAUAAGAUUGUAUUAUGACAAGUCACACGUUUUUGUGAUAAAAUUUUGAUGUCAUUUUGUGUUACUAGAGUGUGUAGAUAGUAUAAGUACCUAUGAUUAUGAUAAACUUUACGUUUAGGGAUUAGUUACAGACUGAGUGAAAGCAGUGUGACUUAAGAUUACCUACGAAAUAUUUUUGGAAAAGCCCAGUUAAUCUUAUCAUUGUUUCAGUGUCAAGAUUGUCUGGAAAAUAAAGAUUUUUUAACCAUA